AUGAGAGAAAUCGUUCAUUUACAAACCGGCCAAUGCGGUAACCAAAUAGGUGCCAAAUUUUGGGAAGUUAUUUCAGAUGAACACGGUAUCGAUUACUCUGGCACUUAUGUCGGAGACGCAGACCUCCAAUUAGAAAGAAUAUCUGUUUAUUAUAAUGAAGCCAAUGGUGGAAAAUAUGUUCCACGCGCCGUUCUUGUCGACCUUGAGCCUGGUACUAUGGACUCAGUUCGUGCUGGUCCUUUCGGACAACUUUUCCGUCCAGACAACUUUGUCUUUGGUCAAAGUGGUGCCGGUAACAACUGGGCUAAGGGACACUAUACUGAAGGAGCCGAACUUGUCGACACAGUCUUAGAUGUUGUUCGCAAAGAAGCAGAAUCUUGUGAUUGCUUACAAGGUUUCCAAAUAACCCACUCUCUCGGCGGUGGUACAGGUGCUGGUAUGGGUACUUUACUCAUCUCUAAAAUCCGUGAAGAAUACCCUGACCGUAUGAUGUGCACGUUUUCUGUCGUUCCAUCACCCAAAGUUUCGGAUACUGUUGUUGAACCAUACAAUGCAACUCUUUCUGUACAUCAAUUGGUUGAAAACUCUGACGAAACAUUCUGUAUCGAUAAUGAAGCUUUAUAUGAUAUUUGCUUCCGCACAUUGAAAUUGAAUACACCUACCUAUGGUGAUCUUAAUCAUUUAGUAUCUGCCGUCAUGAGUGGUAUCACCACAUGUUUGCGUUUCCCUGGUCAAUUGAAUGCUGACUUGAGGAAAUUAGCUGUCAACAUGGUUCCUUUCCCACGUCUUCACUUUUUCAUGGUCGGAUUUGCACCAUUAACUUCUCGUGGAUCUCAAGGUUAUCGCGCCUUGACUGUCCCUGAGUUGACUCAACAAGUUUUUGAUGCCAAGAACAUGAUGGCUGCCUCAGAUCCUAGACAUGGUCGCUAUUUGACCGUUUCUGCUAUUUUCCGAGGUCGCUGCUCUAUGAAGGAAGUUGAAGAUCAAAUGUUGGCUGUUCAAACAAAAAACAGCUCAUACUUUGUUGAAUGGAUUCCUAAUAAUGUUAAGAGUCUUAAAAUGUCUGUUACUUUUAUUGGUAACUCUACUUCAAUUCAAGAACUAUUCAAACGUAUCAGUGAUCAAUUCACUGCUAUGUUCCGACGUAAGGCUUUCUUACAUUGGUAUACUGGUGAAGGUAUGGAUGAAAUGGAAUUCACAGAAGCAGAAUCUAAUAUGAACGAUCUGGUAUCCGAAUAUCAACAAUACCAAGAAGCUACUGCCGAAGAAGAAGCUGAAGAAUAUGAGGAAGAAUUGGAACAAGAUGCAGACAUCUAA